UCCCGCCCCUCCCUCAUGGCGGCCGCGAUGUUCCGGAGCCUGUUGGUCUCCGCGGCCCAGCAGCGGCCUCAGGCCCCGGGCCCGGGCGGGACCCCGCGGGAGCCGCCGCCCGCCGGCCCCGCCCCCGACACGCUGGAGGCGCAGUUCAGCUGCCCCAUCUGCCUGGAGGUGUAUCACCGGGCCGUGUGCAUCGCGGGCUGCGGCCACACAUUUUGCGGGGAAUGUUUGCAACCAUGUCUCCAAGUGCCAUCUCCUCUUUGCCCGCUCUGCCGCAUGCCCUUUGACCCCAAAAAGGUGGAGAAGGCCUCCAAUGUGGAGAAGCAGUUGUCCUCCUACAAGGCUCCCUGCAGAGGGUGCAGUAAGAAGGUGACCCUAGCGAAGAUGAGAUCCCACGUUUCAUCCUGCGCUAAGGUUCAAGAGCAGAUGGCCAACUGCCCAAAGUUCGUUCCAGUGGUCCCAACUUCCCAGCCCAUUCCCAGCAAUAUUCCAAACCGUUCCACUUUUGUCUGCCCUUACUGUGGAGCCCGGAACCUGGACCAGCAAGAGCUGGUCAAGCACUGCAUGGAGAACCACCGCAAUGAUCCCAACAAAGUGGUGUGCCCAGUCUGUUCAGCGAUGCCCUGGGGAGACCCCAGCUACAAGAGCGCCAACUUCCUGCAGCAUCUCCUACACAGGCACAAGUUCUCCUAUGACACCUUUGUGGACUAUAAUAUCGAUGAAGAAGCAGCGUUGCAGGCUGCGUUGGCGCUCUCCCUCUCGGAGAACUGAAGGCAACUGAUGAGCAGCGGCGUGGAUCCUUUGCACAGGUCGCCUUUCCGCUAGGAGAGGUGUGACACUUCUUAAUCCCUCUGCAUUCCCUAGAGAUUAGGCAGCCCAUCUCUGGUUAAAUCGCACCUUGUUUAAUAAGGUGGAAUCUUUCGUUGCACAAUGAAAUGGUGAGCGAGCAUGAUCUGGUGAGAGUGACACCUGCUGGAUGGGAAGAGGCAAAGGCGACCUCACCAAAUGUUUGUUUUUUCCAAUUGGGCAUUUCAUAUCCAUAUACGGAGUAUAUAUCUUUAUCUAUUUAUUAUUAGAUGCUUUUUGGCACCGUUGCUCCUUUUAUUUGUUGCAGUUAAUGGGUACGUAAAACAACGAUGCAUUUUAUGUAAAAUGCCCCAGUUUUCAAUUCUUAUCCAGGGGUUGGUUUGUUUUAAAGCGUUGAGCGUUUUUUAGCCUCGUAAGAGUAUUUAUUGGGAUGUCGGCCCUCCGCCCUCCCAAGGGCAUGAGCGGUCUGUUGCUCAGCUCUAUUGCCGCUGCUCACGGAAGGCCAGAGGCAACGAAGCGCAUUGGGCUAAAUCUGGGAGCGAAUCUGCUGCGCUCAGAUACCGGGAUGGCAAGUCUAUUAAGAAGAGCUAGGUAGAAACGGGAAGGAAUCCUGAACUGUCCUGCCACUGGUAUUCUUUCACCUUGCUCAUUUUGUACUGGCUUUUGUGAUACUAGAGUUCUUGCAUUUUUUCUACAUUAAUCGGUGUGAGACCUUUUCACGUUUUAUAGAGCAAAAAAAAAAGCAGUUACUCUUCAUAUUGCAAUAUUUGUGUUUGACUAGGAACAAUAGUAUUUUUAUGGAACCUUAUUAAGAAAAAAAUUAUAUUUUUUAAACACAUGCUGUGGAUUCAAGAACUGGGGGGGUGGGGUGGGGAACUGCUGGAACCUGGAAUUGAGAGGGGGCUCUUUUCCAUUCGCGCCUGAGCAACAGAAAGGUUGCAUUGUUCCGUAUUUAUUUUGGGGGGUCAGUUACUUUUUUUUUUCAAAUAAAGAUGCUGAUGUGCAGCCAUGCUGGAUCAGACAUGUGACCCAAGCAUGGGAGGGGGUUACUCAGAGUUACUCACCAGGCAUUAACAGGGGUGUUGGUCAAUGGAUCAAGUCCACUUCUGAAAGAAAAUAAAACCUGUGAAUAAGCUACAAGCUGUGUGUCUCUCCAAGAUGCAAAGCCCUGUGAGUUGUACAGCAGAGGGGGUGUUCUCUGGGGCAACAGCCCCAUUCGCAUUACCAAGGAGCGGGCCAGUGAGCGUCUCGACUCCAGGCUGUUCGUUCGCUUCUGACGGCAUGGACGGGCGGUUUGGCUGGGAUUGUGAGGGGGCUGGUCUGGUCCUAGCUUGGCAGAGCUCAGUUCAGCAGUGGUCUGGUGUUUAGAAGUACAUGCAGUACAGCAUGACAAGCAGGCUGCCUUCCACUAUUAGUACUAACUUUAGGUCUCUUAAAGCUUUUGAUUGAUCCAUGAAUGCUAAUGUGUGUGAAUAUGGCGCCGAUAGUGUGCAAAUCCAGCCUCGGGCUGUGGCAUGUAAACUGUAGUUAGGGACUCCGAUUCUAGUCACCUGUGGAGAAGGAAACCAAUGCACCUCAGCAGCCGUCCAGAGGUUGGUUGGGUCUCUGUGAUCCCGGGGCAAAGAUUCGGGAGCUCACCGGGAGUGACACCAGUAGGAUAAUUUAUAAUAAACGUCACGCCCCAGAUUUUUUCUUCUGUGACAACUGUAAUUUUACAGCCUUAAAUCUUAUAAGGACAUGACUGCAAAACUCUCCAUUGGUGUGGAGUUACACCCAGCAUCUGGUGCUGGCCCCGUCUGAGACAGGGCCCUUUGACUGAGAGCGUGGCAGGUCCUGAAAUCAGAUCGAUCUGUUUGUAACCAACCAUUACAUACUGGGGGUGGCUGAAACUUUGGCCUAGCGGCAUGCAUUCUUCCUGGGGCCAGGAGGCUGUCUGGGCAUGCUCAGUUCCAUGCUCUUGCUGUAGUGUAGAAUCAGACCAGCUUAGUCUUUCUGCGCUGUGAAGAUCACUUCCUCGUUUGCUCCUCGGACGCUGCAGGCGCCUCUCUGGGGAUAGGGCAGAUCUGCCCAAAGGUUUGGGCUGAGCCUGUUCUUAAGGGAGUUGAAAUUCAUUUUGGAAUAGUAUGGCUAGCAAAGAAUGCUGGGAAACAGAAUGACUGGAGCAGGGUGCGCUCUCCAUGGCAGGGAGACGUGUGUAUUCAGUUAACUUGUCCAGCCAGCGUGGUUAGGAAGGAAGUAUUGGGAGUUUUGACAGUGCAUUUCCCUGUCUAGUUUCUGCCCAGGUCUGUGACUUAAAUGUCAUUGGUGCCAUUGCAUUGACUGUCGUUCAGUGGGUCUGUGUAAUACUGGUUUAAACCACGUCCUUGUACUGACUUGAGCCCUGAUGUUCCCUACCUUAGAUGCCAAGCCUCAGAUUUAUGCUGCACACAGCCCCUUUCUUCCCAGCCAAGGAGAACUGGCCGCUUGUCAGUGGGCCAGUUCCCAUCCUAACUGACCUCUGGGAUCCCCAUUGCUGGAUCCUCCCUUCUGUAGGGACUGGACAUCCCACUCCACAGCACAAAACAAACAAAACAAAGUUCCUGGCUGGUAUCCACCAGCCCCUCUGUUGCUGAGCUCUGGGGAAGAGCCCUGUGGGAGGCAGGGCAAAAUCCAUCUAGGACCAUUUCAUUUCCCGUCUGCUAAGAGACAUCCUGUAGCCUCCCUAUCUAUAAAGCCAAAACGGGUAAAUCACGUACAGUCCUGCUGAGCAAGCUGGAACCCAGCACCCGCCUUUUCUAGGGAGCUGGGAGCUUCUCUCCUCCAGUGCCCUGGGAGGGGCAGUCCUGCUUAGGAACACAACUCAGCAAUAGAUACCUUGUCCACUCACAACCUGGUGUGAAAUGUGAAGGGGCAGGAUUCAUCAGGUGCUGCGAUUCGCUCAUCCCAUGGGUGUUUGGGUGACGCUGCACUUUCAUAUUCAGGGUGUUUCAAGCCAGAAGAGGCCACUAGAACCUCUAGUCUGACCUAUGUAACGCAGGCCAUUAAACUUGUCCAAGCAUGAGGUGUUGGGUGGCUGGUGGCCAUGUGUUGACCUCUUGGAAGGGGACCUUUCCUCCAUCUAUCUCGCUGUUCUUGCUUUAGCCGUUUUGCUUUCUGGCUCUGUGCCUGGUUCCUGUCCCUUCCCAUCACAGUUCAAAUCGGUCUCAUCACUGGAUUGCGUUUUUAUUCUCUAUUUGCUCUUUUAUCCUGUGACCUUUGUUAUUUGCCACCUGACCUAUCUCGAGUCCUUCCAUCUGCAGCAGUGCAGGAGCUAUCCUAUAACCCCACCCAAGGGAAGGAGCAUUGCAGCUUGCUGCCCUUCCAGCUCUUGGUCUCCCAAUAUGGACACAUUCUGCUACUAAAGUCCCUGGCUUAUGGUGGUCUAAUCUCUAGCACACUGGCUGAAGGCCAUCCCUUGUGGAGGGAUCGCCUCGUUUUCUUAGGUGGGAUCUCCAUCUCCAAACCCUUAUUUAUCACCCUUCGCCCUUUGCUCUAGCACGCACGGUUAAACCUUUCUCCAGAAGAGCUGAGUGGCUCUGCUUGCCGCUGGUUUUGCUCACUGACUCCUUUUUCCUUCCUUGCAAAGCAGCUGCCACCUCCCAGCAUGCUAGAACGCCACCUACUUUGCACCUCACUUUGAUAGUCUGGGACCAAUUGGCAGGCACCUAGCACUGGUGCAUUCCCUCUUAGGGAUGGGGUGUGUGUUGGGUGAAAGUACGACUUCGCACUGAUGCCUGGGGACUCUCAGGGGGUGCAUAGCAGCUAGCUAAUCUCCUGGCGUUUGGGAGCUGGCUUGUGCAGACCUUCCUUUCAGCAUUGCUCUGGCUGCGUGAUACUCACCAUCUGGCACCGCACCGUCGCUGCGAGCAGGUCCCUGGCCAUGCCAAAUGGUCCUGGGGGUGAUAUUUUAAACAUCUCAGUAGCUGCUUCACUCCAAGCUUGAAGCUUAGUUUGUAAGUGGGUUACCCAUCAACGUAACUGAAUGCAAUUGCCUACUGCAAACCCAGGGACUGAUGGAAACUGCCCCCAAAUCACUGCCUUUGAAUGUAAGAUGAGAUCGGACAGGGAAACUCCACAGUACGGCGCUGUUAACCUUGCUUGUUUUGCUUCGCUUAGUUGGGAUGGGUUGGAGAAGGAGGUUUUGUCUGUCUAGCCUUAAAACCCAGCCAUCUGCCAGCAGGCUGUUUUGUCCUGGGUUUGAGUCUGUACUGCUGUGGGUGGACCGUAAAGAGGGCAGCGGAAAUGUUCCUUCUCCAAUGAGACGUCACAGACGUCGGAUCUCAUCUGUUCCCAUCUCUCUUCCAGCAGCGUUAAGCUGCAGAGCUUACAUUCCUUUCAAGUAUGUAAACUUUAAUAAACCUACCUAACUUUUCUACUCUUUUACUGUACUAUAGCGAAUGGGGUCCAGUUUGCCACUGGCUUUCAAGGCAUGGGGAGUGGGGAGGGUGUCUCUGAGUCUUGUCUUAAUGUCAAUUGUGUCGAACAGAAAAUGAGUUUUGGCAGGAGGAAUAUUUUACUUAUGGCUUGAGGGUAGAUGUGCUUGAUCUCUGCUCAAAGUGGUGGCACAGCACUGUGAAUCGCAAACCUCGCGCUGGGAACAGGAAUGGCAAUGAGUUAGCCAGUGUGAUGAGGAAGAAUCAGAACCCAGAAACCUUGUUAACUUUCUCUAGCCCUGUCUCACCCCAACCUGCCCACUGACACAUUGCCUUAACUUCUGUUCCUAGCAUGGAGUUUGUUCCUGUCUUUGUAUUGUUUGCUGUCUUGUUAUAACAAGCAGAAUCCUCUAGGGGGAGCAACAAUUACACACUUGCUAGGGGAAGCCUGUCUAGUGUACAUCUUAAGUGCUGCAUUUUGUCAUUACACUUGAGAUGCCGUUGGAAAAAGCCGAAGCCAUGCGCCUCUUACAAUGAAAUGUGUAAAUGUCUCUGGAAUGUGUGCGGUCAUGCAAGAAAUAUUCAUGUGCUAAUGUAGAAGUCUUGUUUGCCAUAGGUUCAAUUGCACUUUUGAGGCAGCAGGGAUUAGUGGUUAGAGCAGGGACCUGCAUGCCAAGACGCUCGAAUCUGUCUCUACUACUCCACUCACUAGCUGGGUGACCUGGGGCAAGUCGCUUCAUCUUUGUGCCUCAGUUUCCCUACCUGAGCAAUACCCACUUGAGGGAUUAUUUGGGGGGGAUGCCCACCUCUGUAAAGUGCUAGGGGAUCCUCGUAUGAAAGGUGCUAUAGAAAUGGGAAAUGUCACCUUUCAAAAUCAGCUGUGUGUCAGCAAGCACAGUUCAUUUUUCAGCUGUAUAAUCGUUCAGAUCUCUUUACCUAAGCAAUGUGGUGAUGUUUGUAAAUCAUUCACUCUGUGCUCAAAAUAGCUGUUCGUUUCCAGCUGGCUAAUCUGGACUUGCUAAACGAGGGAACUGUGCUGGAGCAAGGCCGUCUUUCAAUGCAUGCUGGUGUGCAGUAUACUAUGUCGAUAUUUCCAGGUAAAAUACACAGCGAUGCUAUUGAGUACAUGAAUGUCAGUGGCAUGUGGCUCUCAGACAUGCAGCACACCGCACUGCAGCCGGCAAUAGAAAAGGGUUUUUUCAUAUGGGAUAGCUUCAUGGAUGACUUUGGGUUUAUGAGGCACCUUUCAUACUACAGGUGUCCUAAAGCUCUUCCCACUGAAGUGAGUGAAACAUUGGCAGGUGCUGCAGCUGGUCUGCCCUCAGCAGUUGCCCAAAUGUUGAGGGAGAAUGCUGGCCAGGGUUUUGGAGUUGUGGAAAAACUCUUCAAAGCAGAUGGGCCCUUGAUGGGAUGUCUCAGCCAAAGGUUGCUAACUGGGCACAUCAAGUCACCGUGUGUUGUUCGGCUGAAAUAGCAGCUGCCGCUUGGGAAAAUCUCCAGGGUAGGUGACUGAGGAACUCCCUGUGCAAGCACAGCGUGUCUCAGCUAGGACUCGGUGGAUCAGUACAACGCUCAGGAGCCCAGCCCUUAAAAGGCCUGUGUUUAAGUUCACUCAUUCCCAUUCUGGGUCCAUCUUAACCUUUAAACACUGAUCCGUACCGAGUCUGUUUGUUGUGAGUGUCUUCGCUUCUCACCCAAAAUCCAGGCAGGGGAGGGAGUGGGUUGGCGUUCUUCAACCACGCUGAGACCUAGGAGGUGAGGUGGCUGCCUUCUAGUCCAGAAGCCAUCCUCUCCCAGGAUUGCUUAGUGUCCGACUGGUGCUUGAGAGAACUUUCAGCAGUGCCAUUGACUUUUGAUGGGACUCAGGCUCUCUUGAAAACUUUGUUCCAUGUUCCUAGUUUGAAGAGUGCAAUUUCGGGGCUUAACCAAGGUACUUCCUUGCACCCUGGUAUCCAAGUUUUAGGCUCACACUCUAGUAAUACAAGGUUUUUUCCGCCUCAGUCUAAAUAGUAACAGAAAAUAUUGCAAAGCAUGUUUGCUUCUGAGUGGCGAGCUGUCCCUCCCCCACCCCCUCACCCCAAGGAACCUGCAGUCAUCCCUACAACACAUGAGCAAAGGGCAAACGCUUAGCAGAGACCAGCUGCUCGGAGGAGUUUCCUGAGUUGGGAGUUAGCCAUGUGGGGCCGCCUGGGAGACAUGAACAAAACCAUAUCCUCAGUGAGCCAGGGGGCCUUUCUUCCUAGCCGGUCGCUGCUCUUUAACCCUGGGGACCGCUAACUGGAUUUCCUGAAGAUGAUGGGACCUCCUUGCAAUAUAUGCUCUCUCCAGGAAAAAAGGAGUUGAUAUACAACCUGGGAAGGGUCUGGGUUUCCUGUUUAUGCCAGUGCAGUAUCCGGAUCACUGCCCCUGGCCUGUACUGUUGGGUCCCAUGUAUAAAGAGCUCGUGCUGCUUUGUGGGCAAGUCUGUGCCACUUCUUAGCUCCUUCCAAAGGGGACUUUGCCCGGAAGAGGGGUAGGGGGUGGCAUCCUGAGCAGGUUGCUGGCAAAGACCCCUUUGUUGUAUAAAUAAUGAAUGGCAGCAUUUAUUGGCCCAAGCUUUGCCCUGGAGAAGGGGAAGGUGCAACAGAUGCUAGAGAGGCAGCAUGGCUGUGUGGAUAGACUUCUGGGGCUGGGAGUUGAGGCCUGAGUUCCAUCCCUGGCUCUGCCACAGCCAUCCUGUAUGAUCUUCAACAAGCCACUGCUCAGUGCCUCAGUUUCCCCAGCUCUAUAGCGGGGGCAAUGAUACCUGCUUUUGUAAAGCACUUUAAGGCCUAUGGAUGAAAAGCCCCACAUAUGUGCUAAGUGGAUAUUUACUAUGCUCCCUUUGCAUCAGUUAUGUGUAAUAACAUAAAUGAAAGGGGUUUACACUCAGAAAUCCACGUGUCGCAGCAAAUCACAAGAUUUCUUCCCCUUGAACUCCUGAUUCUGCUGGAGGUGUGGGACUGUCGGGCCCACGGUUCUGGGUGUAGGCAGAGGAGUCCCCCAUGUUGAGUGUUCUCUGUCGGGUUUGGCAUUGGUGACGGUCAUGCUGUUCAAUGUGGUGUUGUGACUAUUUUGCAUAUGAAUAGAACUUUUAACGAGACAUACUGUUUUUGAAGAAAAAUCAAUGAUGUAUUUGUAGCAAACCAUUUUUUCUCAAUAAAUGCAGUUUCAUCCA